UUUUUGAAUCGUACGAUUCGAAUGUUGUGUCAAGAAGUAGAUUUUGGUUUGGUCCGUAACUUAAGUUUCUAAAACUAGUAUAAGAAAUGUCUGUGGAUUUUGAAUAUUUGAAAGGUUCUGAUUACAAUAUGAACCUAGAAAAAAAUCGGCUAGAAUCUUUCAAAAACUGGCCAUUUGAGUUGGAUUGUAAUUGCACCCCCGAAAAGCUGGCUGGUUCAGGUUUCUACUACUGUCCAACAGAUCGUGAACCUGAUUUAGUAAGAUGUUACGUAUGUUUUAAGGAAUUGGAUGGAUGGGAACCAGAAGAUGAUCCAUGGUAAAGAAACUUUACGUGAUCUAUUGAUUUGUUUAUAUUAACUACGUAG